UUCCUGAGUCAGUGUUUACAAAUUUAUGAAAUCAAGGUGUAGUGUUGGCUACUCGAAGUUUAUAACCUCAAAUCUUUUCUUGAUACUGAUUGGGAAAAUUCACAGUGAUCACAUUUCAAGCGAGUAAUGGAAAAUGGCGGAGACAUUGUUAGGGUGAAAGAAGAACUGCACGAUACUUUGCCGGAUGGAGGGGAAGAUUAUAUUUUCGAUUCGCUAAACUCUUGCAAAACAAAAAACAAUGAAGUAUUGCCGUUUUCUGGAUUAUCAGCAAAUCACACGAAUGAGGUUAUUGCGUUACAAGAAAAGUUAGAUGAAAAAAUAGACAUAGAUUUUGAGUGCAAAUAUGUUAUACCAAAACUAGAAUCUUCAUCAGCAGUCGUCUGCAAACCCGAAUAUAAAAGUUGUCUACCUAUUGUGAAAGUGGAAAAAGAAUUUAAGGCUAAUCAUUUAAAUCAUAAAGAUAUUUAUAAUUUUGAUAAAAAAAGAGUUCGAUUACGAUAAUAAGUGUACAUUUCACGUUAAUUCCCAACUGCAAAUUGAAAAAUAUAAUGAGGUUGGAAUAUUUCGAAAAGUUACUCCAAACAGAUUAUUUCGCGACUGUAAAGUGAGUCAAAAAAUUUAUAAAGGGGAAUCGAGUUUGAACAUAAAUAUCGAUUC